AAUUACUAUUUGCUACACGGGGUCUAAGGAAGGGCACAUUGUUGCGCCGCGGGGUUUAGACUUCACUGUGCGUUCUGAGUAAGAUGGGGAAGAAGACGAAGAAACCCGGUAAAGGCAAAGAGAAAACUGAGAGAAAAACCGUAAAAGCCGAAGAGAAGAAAGCUCGCAGGGAAACCAAGAAGCUUUCUCCCGAGGACGAUAUCGACGCCAUUUUGUUGAGCAUUCAAAAGGAGGAAGCGAAGAAGAAGGAGGUUCACGUCGACGACAACGUUCCCGCGCCUUCUCCUCGCUCCAACUGCUCGCUCACCGUCAAUCCGUUGAAAGAGACCGAGUUGAUUCUCUACGGCGGCGAAUUCUACAAUGGCAACAAGACCUUCGUGUACGGUGAUCUCUUCCGGUAUGACGUGGAGAAGCUGGAAUGGAAAUUGGUUUCGAGUCCUAAUAGUCCUCCUCCGCGCAGUGCUCACCAAGCGGUUGCGUGGAAGAAUUAUAUUUAUAUUUUUGGUGGUGAGUUUACGUCUCCAAACCAAGAGCGGUUUCAUCACUACAAGGAUUUUUGGAUGUUGGACCUGAAAACAAAUCAGUGGGAGCAGCUUAAUUUGAAAGGGUGCCCUAGUCCUCGUUCAGGACAUCGAAUGAUAUUGUACAAGCACAAGAUUAUUCUUUUCGGUGGUUUCUAUGACACUCUCCGAGAAGUGAGGUACUACAAUGAUCUAUUCGUAUUUGACCUUGAUCAAUUCAAGUGGCAAGAAAUAAAGCCUAAGCCUGGAGCAAUGUGGCCAACUGCACGUAGUGGUUUUCAAUUAUUUGUUUACCAAGAUGAUAUAUUUUUGUAUGGUGGCUAUUCAAAAGAAGUUUCAUCUGAUAAGAACAACUCUGAGAAAGGAAUUGUUCAUUCAGAUAUGUGGUCACUCGAUCCUAAGACUUGGGAAUGGAACAAGGUGAAGAAAAGUGGAAUGCCUCCUGGUCCCCGUGCUGGGUUUUCAAUGUGUGUUCAUAAGAGGAGGGCUCUGCUAUUUGGUGGCGUUGUGGAUAUAGAAGUUGAAGGUGAUGUAAUGAUGAGCUUGUUUUUGAAUGAAUUUUACGGGUUUCAGUUAGACACCAAUCGCUGGUAUCCUCUGGAGUUAAGAAAGGAGAAGUCCACAAAAGAUAAGUUAAAAAAAUCUGAACAAAAUUGUCCUGAUGAUGUCAACAAGAAGAUAAAUCCAGCAUGUACAACAAGAGAAGAAACUGUGGAGUCAGAGGAUGAAGAAAGUAACAUUGAUGAUAUAUCCAAAAAUAUAGCAUCAAACAUGUCUAUUGUUGAUAGUGAAAAUCUUACCAACUCUGAUGGAAAGCCCAAGGAAUCUGGUGCUAAAUUGGACAUUCAAAGUUCUUUGCCUGAGGUAGUGAAGCCAUGUGGUCGUAUUAAUGCUUGCAUGGCAGUUGGAAGGGACACGUUAUAUAUAUAUGGUGGAAUGAUGGAGAUUAAAGAUCAAGAAAUCACUCUUGACGAUCUGUAUUCUUUGAACCUUAGCAAACUUGAUGAAUGGAAGUGCAUUAUACCGGCUUCAGAAUCUGAAUGGGUGGAAGCUUCAGAAGAUGAUGAAGAAGAUGAAGAUGGUGAUGAAGAUGAGUCCGAUGGUGAGACUUCAACUAAUGAGGAUGAUGAUGAGGAAGAGGAGGAGGAAGAGUUUGAGAGACCUGGAUUCGCUCCUUAUGCAACUCUACGUUCACCAGAAAUCCCUGCUCUGAAGAUCUUCAAGGGUCUGCACCUCCCAUUGCCCAAAGGCUUCAAUUCUCUUAAUAUAUUUUUGUAUGGUGGCUAUUCAAAAGAAGUUUCAUCUGAUAAGAACAACUCUGAGAAAGGAAUUGUUCAUUCAGAUAUGUGGUCACUCGAUCCUAAGACUUGGGAAUGGAACAAGGUGAAGAAAAGUGGAAUGCCUCCUGGUCCCCGUGCUGGGUUUUCAAUGUGUGUUCAUAAGAGGAGGGCUCUGCUAUUUGGUGGCGUUGUGGAUAUAGAAGUUGAAGGUGAUGUAAUGAUGAGCUUGUUUUUGAAUGAAUUUUACGGGUUUCAGUUAGACACCAAUCGCUGGUAUCCUCUGGAGUUAAGAAAGGAGAAGUCCACAAAAGAUAAGUUAAAAAAAUCUGAACAAAAUUGUCCUGAUGAUGUCAACAAGAAGAUAAAUCCAGCAUGUACAACAAGAGAAGAAACUGUGGAGUCAGAGGAUGAAGAAAGUAACAUUGAUGAUAUAUCCAAAAAUAUAGCAUCAAACAUGUCUAUUGUUGAUAGUGAAAAUCUUACCAACUCUGAUGGAAAGCCCAAGGAAUCUGGUGCUAAAUUGGACAUUCAAAGUUCUUUGCCUGAGGUAGUGAAGCCAUGUGGUCGUAUUAAUGCUUGCAUGGCAGUUGGAAGGGACACGUUAUAUAUAUAUGGUGGAAUGAUGGAGAUUAAAGAUCAAGAAAUCACUCUUGACGAUCUGUAUUCUUUGAACCUUAGCAAACUUGAUGAAUGGAAGUGCAUUAUACCGGCUUCAGAAUCUGAAUGGGUGGAAGCUUCAGAAGAUGAUGAAGAAGAUGAAGAUGGUGAUGAAGAUGAGUCCGAUGGUGAGACUUCAACUAAUGAGGAUGAUGAUGAGGAAGAGGAGGAGGAAGAGGCUCAGAAUGCAUCAGUUGAGGUGGGAGAUGCUGUUGCUCUAAUCAAAGGUGUUGGAAAGAAUCUGCGGAGGAAAGAAAGGAGGUCACGGAUAGAGCAGAUUAGAGCCAGUCUUGGCUUGUCCGAUUCACAGAGAACACCAAUGCCAGGAGAAUCCCUGAGGGAUUUCUACAGGCGUACAAAUAUGUAUUGGCAAAUGGCAGCCCAUGAACAUACUCAACACACUGGAAAAGUAAGUUUUCUCUUUUCUUUAGAGUUCUAUUAUUCCUUUAUAACCUGUAUAAUUAUAUUAAACAAGCAAAGGAAAUGAACAACUUUAUUGAGUUUUCCCUUUAAUUUGAACUUUCUGAUUCUAUAAUGGACUAUUUUCACCCUUAUCCCCCCUAUUUAUUUGGCCGGUCCCCUUUAACGGAUACUACUUUUUCCUUCUCUUCCCU